AUGGAUCAAACAAAUUCCUCAAUCGGUUCCUCCUCUGAAUCGACAGAAAUUCAUAAAAAAACUCUUUUCUCUAUGUCAUUUCAGAGUGCAGGAGUCAAGAGACUAGAGAAAAGUGGUACAUUUGUUUCCGAGAAAAUAAAAAAACGCCGUGUAAACGUUGAUAUUAGGAACGAUGAGUUAGAACAUCAAGAACAAAUAUCCAAACGACAUGUGUGUGCUGCAGCUGUGAAGUAUGCUCCUACCACUGCCCGCGGCAUUAUUAGCGUUCGUUCGUUAACCGGUACUGUGUUUCCGACCCUCUUCUCUCCACAUAUAUAUUCCAGCCAGGAAACAAGCACAUUAGUUAUUCCACCACUGUCUAUUCCGGACUGGCACGAGCGAAUUCGGAUCCUUGCCGCACAACGACAAAAUAAGUCAAAUCAAGAAAAACAACCUGAAGUAAAUCAACCUGAAUCCACUCAAUCUACCGUUUCUUAUGGUUUAUCCUUAAUUAACGGGAAAAAGGAUAUACGUGUUGAAGAUGAAGAAGAUGUUCUUGAUUUAGAAGAGAAAGCUAACCAUGUUGAAAUCAAACUAUCACCACCCCCACCACAAGAUGAAGAUCAAAAAUUAAGACAGUUAGCAUUAAAUGAAUUAAUGAAAGCUCCAGAUUUUGAAGACUUGACAGAAGAUAGUCAGAAUAUUUUAGUGCUACCACAGAAGGAAAACAAUUAUACACAGGAAACAAAAGUCAACGCGGAUGAUGCUGAAUCGUUUCGACGUUUAAUUAAAGAUCAUCCAGAUGAAGAUAAAAUUGAUUAUGGACGAGUUCCUAUUCAGGAAUUUGGUGCUGCGUUACUAAGAGGCAUGGGUUGGAAACCAGGAAUGAAUAUAGGAAAAAAUCAAUCCAACAAGGCUGUAAAAUUAUACGAGCCACAGCAUCGACCUGCAUUAUUAGGUCUUGGUGCAUCAGUUCUUCCUACAUCUAAAACUCAGGAACGAAGGUUAGAAAUUCAAGUCUUAAAAAAGUCAAACAAACAAACCCACGAAGUUCCAGUGACAAUUAUUCCUCCGACCAAAAAUCCAGAAGUUCAACAAGCGAGAAAUCAGAAUCAAGUCGAUCUAGACGACAUAGAAAUAGACGUAGAAGUAGCAGCCGUGAUCGAACAAGUUCUGGCAGCCAUCGCAAAUCAGAAUCAAGUCGAUCUAGGCGACAUAGAAGUAACAGCCGUAAUCGAACAAGUUCUGGCAGCCAUCGCAGUAGUAAUAACAAGUUGGUUUAGAGUUUUGAAUGUAUAUGUUGUAAUAAUGGUGGAGUCUGCCAAUCGCGCGAGCAUGGCGAGCGAAGCGAGUCAUGAACACACGGCUGUGUUCGUUUAUUUUGGUACAUCCAAUCGGGUGGUGAAAUGUUCUAAUAGCGGAGCCGAGCCAAGAUCUUCGAAUAGAAUGGCCAGCCGAUCUCUUCGAAUGUCUUUAGCUGAAAAGCAAGGGAUUAUGUUCGUUUUGCAACCACAGUAA